AUGUCCAAAGGUGAUUACAAUAUAAUAUAGCACUCACAAUACACAAUACAGAUAUAUACACAGUAUAUCUAUGAAAUAGAAGAGAAGAAGAGAGAGAAGUUGAUUAGCAUGGGAAAUUCAUCAACAUUAACCGAUGAUGAAAUUCAGAAGAAGCAAAACAAAGGAAAUUGCAUAAUCAAUUUCCCUUUCUCACCUGCUUUACCAUCAUGCAGCAUCUUUGAUAUCAUUCCACCACAAUCUGAUGAUCAUCAAAAAUCUUCUUCUUCUUCCUUUGCUGGUUACAUCGACUUGUUAAGCACAAAUGAUUUCACCGUUACUUCUUCUUCUACUUUACUCGAUUGGUUCCCAAACACUGUCUUUGAUGCCGACGACACGUCACCACCGCCUGCUCAAAUUAACCAGCUUCCGUUACCGUCUCCCGCCGUCUCUGACGUGUUCAACACUAAUCCGGCCACUCCUAUCUCCGUUUCCUCUUCGAUUUCUUCAUCCUCCAAUGAAGUUUGUGUUGCGAACAAACCAAUUGUUCCGGUAGCAGGAAAUGAACAUGAACUUGAAUUACUCGAAGAAGAAGCGAAGGAUAAAGAUGAAGAUCGUGCAAUCACACAUGUAGAGAAUCAAAAUCAAGACCGAACGAUUCAGACAAAAAAACUAGUGAAGGGAAGGAAGAAGAAGAAGAAGAGCAGGAAAGAAAGAGCAACAAGAGUUUCGUUCAAGACAAAGAGUGAUGUUGAUCACUUGGAUGAUGGUUAUAGGUGGCGUAAGUAUGGUCAAAAACCUGUCAAAAACAGCCCUUAUCCCAGGAGCUAUUAUCGUUGCACCACAGCAGGUUGUGGGGUGAAGAAGCGUCUGGAGCGUUCCGCCAUGGAGCCUUCCUUUGUGCUAACAAGCUAUGAAGGCCAACACACUCACUUCUCUCCAAUUUUGACGCGUGCAGCUGAACUUGGCUUUGUCACUAAUGCUUCAAGUUUCCAUGACAAAAACUACCAACACCGCAACACACUUGCUACUCAAUCACAACCACAACACUUUCAACACUUUCACCACCAACCGGACUCGUCUUCUUCCUUAUUCAAUAACUCUUACAACAUUGCUCCACCUUUCAAUGUUGUUAAUUCUGCUCAUAAUUUUAUCAACCAAGAGAAUUGUGCUGGAAGUUCUUCUCACUCGUCUUGUUUGAGAAUUAAUCUCCGUGAUUUGGUGAGUGACGAUGGGCUCCUUCAAGACAUGAUUGCGCCAAAGGAGAUAGCUGGAGCUGGAGCUGCAGAUGGAGAAGGAAGAAUUGAUGGUGAUGUUACCUUCAUGUUGGGCUAAUCAUAUUUACUUUAAGCUUCUCAUCUUAAAUAUUUUUAAAAGUGAGUCAAAGAAAAUUGAUUUAGACUGAAUCCAUUGAUUUUCUCAUACUCCACUUUUAUUUAUAUUUGAGAUCCAAAAAAUAUUAAUUAAUUUUAUUUGAUCUGACUUGUAUAUUAAUUAAUAUCUGGCAGCUGCAAUAUUUAAUUAGGUUAUCUAAUCAUAUAUAUGAUGAUGGAAAACUCUAUCUGAAUCUAUGCCCCUGAAGUGCUUUGUGCUUUGUUGUGAAACCACACUUAAGUUGGCAUGUGUUCAUAUCAAACCUGAGACUUUUUAGAGUUUCCUUUUAUUUAUAUAAAAUAUAUAUUUAUACA